GCACUCGCGCCUUAGGAAGCUUGGGUGUGUGUGGCGCGCUGUCUUCCCGCUCGCGUCAGGGACCUGCCCGACUCAGCGGCUGCCAUGGCAUCAGAUGAAGGCAAGCUUUUCGUGGGAGGACUCAGCUUCGACACCAACGAGCAGGCGCUGGAGCAGGUCUUCUCCAAGUAUGGGCAGAUCUCCGAAGUGGUGGUGGUAAAGGACAGGGAGACCCAGCGAUCCCGAGGCUUUGGGUUUGUCACCUUUGAAAAUAUCGAUGACGCUAAGGACGCCAUGAUGGCUAUGAAUGGGAAGUCUGUGGACGGGCGGCAGAUCAGAGUUGACCAGGCUGGCAAGUCUUCUGACAACCGGUCCCGAGGAUACCGGGGUGGCUCUGCUGGAGGCCGGGGCUUUUUCCGUGGGGGACGAAGCCGGGGCCGAGGGUUCUCCAGAGGAGGAGGAGACCGGGGCUAUGGAGGUGGCCGCUUUGAGUCCCGGAGUGGGGGUUAUGGAGGCUCCAGAGACUACUAUGCCAGCCGGAGUCAGGGUGGCAGCUAUGGUUAUCGGAGCUCGGGAGGGUCCUACAGAGACAGCUAUGACAGUUAUGGUAAGUCUAGCUCCAAGGAUGCCAUCUGAGUGGCUGCGGUUGGGCUCGGUGAACCCUUGUGUCCUCAGAGCAUCUUAAGCCGCUCAGCCUUGGGCGCAGCUACCAGGCCUGCCGUACAGGUCAGGGCACCAGGUGCAUGAAACCCUGUGCCACCUCCCACGCGCGCGGGCGGAGCACAAGCUCCAGUGACUUUACACUGUCCCGCUUCUGUCCUCAGCUACACACAACGAGUAAAAGCCCUCCGCGUCCAGAUCGUCCUUCCAUGGCUGUAAUUAAGAUGGGGGAGCUUCGCUGAUCGUUGUGUAGUGAGCACCUUGUUCCCACUUUUGUAGUCCUUUCCGUUCUGACCCGUCAGCAGCCUGCUUCUGACCCAAGAUGGCCUCGUGACUAGACCUGUUUUUAAGGAAGCGCUGUCUGUUUUUAAGUAUUCUUAAAAACGUUUUGGAAAGCACUUCAGAUUUUACUGUUUACCAUGAGCCAUGGGUUUUUGUUUUUUCUAAAUUGUCGGGUUGUGUGGGUUUUGGUUACUCGUUUUUGUUUUUUCAGGUUUUUUGGUUGUGGCUUUUCUUUUUUUUUCUUUUUUUGUGUGGUCGCCCCUGAAGUCUGGCGCCCCACCCCUCCUGAGAUGGAAUGGACUCGAUUUGAGCAAGCCAUGGCCCUCCAGCUCCCCAGCCCGGCUGCGGAGUUGCAGCAGGUCCUGCCCAUCGGGCACAUGUCUCAAGCCCAUGGGGAGCAUAGCAGUCCGGGAGGCUGUGGAAAUGUUUAUUUAUAUUGUCCUUUUUUACCGAAGACAUGCAUACUCCAUCGAUGUUGUAUUCACAGUGGCUGAGGAAUUCUUGUACGCAGUUUCUUUGGCUUCACGAAGCCGAUUAAAAGACCGUGUGAAAUGAA